GUUAAGGGAGGUAACACACCUAGAAUUUAAUUAAAACCGUGAUAGGUUGUGAAGGGAGGUAACGCAUAGCAUUUAAUAAAAUCCGUGAUAAACUGUGAAGGGAUGUAACACAACUAAUUUUUAAUUAAAAAUGUGAUAUACUGUGAAGGGAGGUAACAUGACUAAUUUUUUAAUUAAAACUGUGAUAUACUGUGAAGGGAGGUAACAUGCCUAGGUUGAGAUAAAUACAUUGAUAAAUUGUGAAGGGGGGUAACACGCUGAGUUUUAAGAUUAAAAACCGUGAAAAACUGUUAAGGGAGGUAACACACCCAGAAUUUAAUUAAAACCGUGAUAACUUGUAAAGGGAGGUAACGCAUAGCAUUUAAUAAAAUCCGUGAUAAACUGUGAAGGGAUGUAACACACCUAAUUUUUAAUUAAAAGUGUGAUAUACUGUGAAGGGAGGUAACACGCCUAAUUUUUAAUUAAAACCGUGAUAUACAGUGAAGGGAGGUAAAAUGCCUAGGUUGAAAUAAAUACAUUGAUAAAUUGUGAAGGGAGGUAACAAGCCUAACAUUUAAUUAAAACCGUGAUAAACUUUGAAGGGGGGUAAUACGCCUAGUGUUGAAAUAAAAACCAUAAAAAACUGUUAAGGAAGAUAACACAUGUAGCUUUUAAAUAUAAUCGCUGAAAAACUGUGAAGGGAGGUAACACACAUAGUGUUGAAAGAUAAACUAAAGGGAAGUAACACACCUAGCAUGUAAAUAAAAAUUGAAAAAAAAACUUGUCACCAGUAGCAUAAAUCUAACCACAGCUUACAACAUUGACCCGUGGCCACUGAUACACAAUAUAGCGUUCAAAUAAAAAACCGCGAAAAAACUAAAGGGAGAUCAGCACCGGGAACCAAGAGACGUAACUGCGGACACCAUACUGAUGACCAAACUUUGGCAUAGUUUCAUUGUUGAAUCGGUGGCCACUCCAUGGCCUUAUGGAUAUCGAUGACCCACGGAAUUCGGCGUUACCGUAUAUCGACGACGAGUUUGACGAGUACACCAUGGCCUUGUUUCAUCGGUUUCUGGGAGGAAACAUUCAGUUCCCAGAUGGCCCUGUGAGCGUCCAGGAAUCUGAUGACGUCAUGAUGAACAAUGAUUCCAGCAGAUCCAACCACAGGGUCACGUCGGCUGCCAACCAUGUUGACGCUGCCGAGGACAAGCUGGACAAGGCCAGUCCGCAGCACAACAACAACCACAAGAAAACCACCAACACUCCACUCAAAAUAGACCUGGACUCAAGGGCCAAAAACUUGACCUUGGACCAGGUCAAGGAGAGGGUCAACCUGAUGGUGUCAGAGCUGAAGACCAUGGAGGAGUAUCACCAUGGUGACGGCAUGAAGUACCAGAAGGCUAUAGGUGACAUGUACUGGGAUUAUCCUGCAGAGAGAUCAGAGAUUGGGGAUUAUCUAGCAGACCUGGGAUAUGCUGAGAUCACCAUCAACAUGUUGAGACAGAUGAACAGCCUUGGUAUAUUUAAAAAUGACGACAUCUGGUUCCCCACCUACUACACCUACAACACAUGUUGGAACUACAGCGACUCUAGUGAGAAGCUAGCACGGUGUUUGGCUGAGGCUGGGGCAGUCAAGCUGAUGACACUUAACCUGGGCCACAAACCUUACCUAGACAACAUGCACAGUAAGAAUGUCUACUAUGUUUUAAAAGCUUCAUUGAGUACCCUACAUAACAUAGCCAGGUGCACUGGGGUCAAACAUCAUUUCAAGGAAAUCAAAACAGCAGAGGUUGUGAUGCCACUAAUUAACGCCAAUGAUGAAUUCCUCAAGUCCAUCGCCAUGUUAACACUAGCCUAUAUUGUAGAGGAGGAGGAGAAUGCUAAGCUUAUUGAUGAAACUGACACCAUCAAGAGUAUUGUAACCUGGAUACACAAAGCUUUAGAAAACAAACAGAAGAGAAGAUUUAGAGGCUUCUCGCCAUGGGAGUUAACCCAGGGGUUAGCUAAGCUUGCUGUCAAUGAUUCUAACAAGUCCAAGAUCAUAGAAGAAGGAGCGCUGGAAGACUUUGUCCAGAUGCUGCGGUUCACUGACCUGAGAGAACAGGCCAACACCGCUGAGUGCCUGUGGACGCUGGCCUUUGACAAGACGGUCAGACAGACCAUCAUAGACUUCCCUGACCUGGUGCCAGCCCUGGAGGAGCUGAAGAACAGUGAGAACCCCCUGGUCAAGAACAACGUCCAGGGGGCGCUGUGGAUGAUCCGAGGGGAGAACGACCCCACUGCAAGUGUCGCUCGCCCACAGAGCGCCCACCCACCUAAAAACCACAUCUUCAUUAGUUACAGCUGGGCUGAGAAAGAUUUAGUGAAAAAGAUUUAUGGAAGCCUUGUUGCUGAGGGCUACAAGAUCUGGGUAGACUGGGAACAGAUGGGAGGGUCAACACUGCAGGCCAUGGCUGAGGCUGUAGAGAACGCUGCCGUGGUCCUGGUGUGCAUGUCAGAGAAAUAUAAGCAGAGUCCAAACUGUAGGACAGAGGCUGAGUACACAUUUCAACUUAGAAAGGAUUACAUCCCCUUGAUGGUCCAGAAACGUUAUAGGCCUGAUGGCUGGCUUGGUGCCAUCUUAGGUGCCAAGUUGUUCUUUGAUUUCACUGGGAAAUAUCCAUAUGAGAAACCUAUACAGGGUUUAUUAAAGGAGCUGAGGGGGAGGGGUCGGACAGCACAUCCAUCAGCCAACAGCAUCCCAGUAGAAGAUGAAGUGGAUGUGGCCCAUGUUCCCACCACAGGCACCAAGGCCAACUUGGCCAGCCCUGAGCCCAUCUCCCCCAACAACAACAACGCAGCUUGUGUGGCCAUGAGCAAUGAAAAUGUGGAGAACUGGCUGGUCUCUAAAGGAUUACACAGGUUAACUACAGCAUUCUCUCAGAUGGAUGGGCAACUUAUCUGGCAGCUUAAGGCAAUGAGGGAAAGGGCGCCAGAGUAUUUCCACAACAGCCUGGAGAGGCAGUUUGGCAUGACACUGAUUGAUAUACUGAGGUUCAACGCAGCAUUGGAUAGCCUACAUUAGCCACCACCCCCAAGUACCUUGGUCACACCCAUCAGUACAUGACAUCCUCAUUCAUUCUUUUAGUUUAAAUAUUGCCUG